AUGGCGGGGAUUGUGGCAGCCGCCAGCCGAGAUAUCUAUGCCUACGAGCUCCUGUGGAACUCUCGGCCGCUCAAAGCGGGUGGCCACGGUGCGUACCACAGCUCUGACAUCGCCUUUAUGUUCAACAUGCUCUCUGCAGAGUGGGUGGACACAAGUGUUAAGGUUGGCCGAUGGGGCCUAUCGCCGCUAGGUUGGCUUUGUCCAAGGAGCGAAGAAGCCACGGCAGAGCCCCUGAGAGAACAGGUCGGCAACAAUGAAGUUUGGCAUCUGCCAGGACCUGCAAUCACCACGCUCGAUCGGUCGUUAAGGAGGAGAAUCAACUACCGCAAUCGACACUGGAAGCGGGGUGCGCAGGCCGUGAUUCCCGCAGCAGCCGACGUGUCCCUCAAGGUCGCGCCAGAGAAGUUGGUAUCGAUCAUCAGCCCAAGAAUAUGCGGGAAAUCGAGUCUGGUCGGCGCGGUCGCCAGGCUGGUUCCCUUUAAAGGCGUGAUUGAGAUUGGGGGCAAGCCUGUCGACAGACCAGACCUGGACGAGGUCGAGGCCUAUUCUUCCAAGCGCCGUCAUGGAGACGACGGGGGUCUCUGUGACCUACCAGAUCCACAAGACGUCCUGUUGGCCGAUCGGGCGGUGGUCCUCGGACCUCAACUGGCCUCGAAGGUGGUGGAGAUUAUCGAAGUGCCCUUCGGCCGGCCCCGGACUUCGUUUACCUAA